CCCAGCCCAGCGACCCCGCCCCCGACCCCGCCGCGGUUGCCUAGGCGACGAGGGGCCGCAGGGCUGAGGCGGGAUCAUGGCGACAUUUUUGGGGACGACACCCGGGGGAACGACUCCCGCAGGAGUGACUCCGGCGGGAACCACACCCGAGUCGGAGAAAGAUGCUGAAUUCCAGGAGCAUGAAAAGAUUCUGUCUCCAGAUUUUCUUUCAGUUGCCCAGAUCAUUGAAAUACUAGCAGAGGAUGUAGAUGGAGUUCAACAGAAACUAGAAAAAUUUUUGAAUUUCAAAAAUCUUCAAACCUGUUUAAAGGAAGCCAGUCUACUAGAUUAUUAUGUAUCUGGAUUUUUGUGGGCAAAAGGAAUGGACUUUUCUGUUAUUCAAUAUUCAAAAUUUAUGACUUUACUAGAUAUGCUACUUCAUAAUCUUAGAACACUGCAUAUGUCCUUAGAAGACAGCAUAAAAUGGCUUGGAGAAGUUAUGGCUGAAAUAGGACCAUCACACAAAAAUGAAAAAUGGAAUAUCUUUGAUGUGAAACAAGCCAAUGCUAUUGUUGAUUACUUGAAAAUCAGCUUAUUUCAGCACUACAAGCUGUAUGAGUUUCUGUUCUUCUCUGCCAGGGAAGAAAUUGUGAUAGGAACUGAGUCUGACUUCCUCCAGCUGGUGGUGGACAUGAAAAGAGGCAGCUCCAGUUUAGCACCUCCAAAAGAAAGAGACACUCCUCCUCCCAUGUCUAAAGGCAAGGUUGGCAAACCAGACAUCCACAGACAAAUGAGCAAGGAUCAUCUAAUGUGAAGGUCAGCUGGCAGCACAAAAUCAACAAGUAUUUGAGGAAAAUAAAAUUAUAAGAGAUGCAUGAAACUCUGAACAGAUCAAAUGAUAGCUAAGGAACAGAGUUGAUAGAGCAAAUGGUAGAAGAUCUAAACUCUGAUUAAUAGUCUCACAAAAGUUUGAAAGUUUAUUGUUUUCUUGACAAAUGAACCGAUAGAGAUCUUGUUUAUUUAAAAUGAGAUUUGAAAAUGUUUAUAAACUAUCAAUUUUCUGUUGAUAGGCUUGAAAAUCCAGAAAAAGCAAUAUUCAGGGAACAGUAAAUUUUACUUGAGAAAUACAAAUUUACUUGAGAGUGUAGAAAAUCUUAAUAGAAUGUUAAACCUAUAAAAUAUUGAACACUCAACACAUAAAAAUGCCAUCAGAUGUAGGUUUUAUAGGCUAGUUCUACCAAAAAUUUUUUUUACUUUUAUUUUGUCUUGGGAUAUAGCCAAUUAGCAAAUAAUGUUGUGAUAGUUUCAGGGGAACAGCAAAGGGAUUCUCCCCAAACUCCCUUCACAUCUAGGCUGCCACAUAACAUUGAGAAGGUGCUAUAUUGUAGGUCCUUGUUGGGUGUCCGGAUAAUUAGGGAGUUUGGGAUGGACAUGUGCCAAAAUUUCUAAGAGUAAAUAAUUCCCUUUUAUAUAAGUUAUUAUAGAGCAUAGAAGGAGAUGGAAUGCUUUCAACUCAUUCUCUGAAGUUAGUAUAAUCUUGAGAAAGCUUUAAAUUUAUCCUGUGAAUCAGUAACGAAUUAUAAUCAGAAAUAGAAAAGAAUAACACAAAAUUGUAGGUAAUCACACUUAUGAAAAUAUUAUAGAUGCAUUAAUCUUAACUAAAAUAUUAUGAAGUGAAAUAUGGCAAAGGAUUAGAUGUUCAGAUAGUGUUUAUUCCAGAUAUGGAAGGAUGGUUUAACACUGGGAUAUCUAUUAAUGUAAUUCAGUACAUUAUCAGAUUACAGGAAGAAAAAAACAAAUGAUGAUCUCAAUAGAUACAGUAAAACAUUUGAUAAAUAUCCAUUUCUCAUUUUAAAAAGACUCUAGUUAGUCCAUAAUGUAGGUUUACACUCAACUCAUAGAAUAUACCAAAAACUGAAAUCUCUCUAAAAUGUCUUAAUGAAACCAUUAAAAUACCCAAGGAACAAGGAACAAGGCAAAGCUGAUUAUUUUUACCCAACAUUGGAUUUUUAGUUCCUCAACAAUUUGAUAAAACAAAAAAGAAGUCAAAUUAGAAUAAAAAGGAAGGUGUUGAAAAACAAGAUACAAAGCUGUCAUUGUUUGCAAAUGGUAUGGUAAGAAACCAUCAUUAAGAAAAGACUAUUUUCCUGUAUUUUCAUAAUAGCCUCGAAGAAAAGGAUCACAUUGGUAAUAAUGAAAACCAUAAAAUAUGUAGGAAUGAACCUAACAAAAUGUGCAAGAAUAAUACAAAGAAAAUUGAGCACUUUAUUUGUUGAAGACUUUAGAUCUUCUAUCCUAUAGAAUUUACUGACAUUUGACUAAAUUUUACCUAAAUUUGACUGCAUUUUUGUGGUAUCUCUUCCUUAUUUCCAGAACACAGUUAGUGUUGGAAGGCUAACUAAAUUUCACUUCAGAUGUUUAGCAAGAAUGAUUUGAAGGUGGUUUUGUACAAUCUUAUUAAGACACAAACAGUGUCUGGUUUUCUUUCCAUUUUCUUUUUCUCUUUUAAUAUUUUGUCAUUCUUUCUUAAUUUAUGAGCUCAAUAUUUCUAGAAACAGAAACUUUCACUCUUCAAUUAUUUGAUUACAAUGAGAUACAGUUCAUAUGGAAAAGACAGAAUAGGUUUCUUAUUCUCUCCCUUUCUCUAAUAGUUUUUAAAAUAAUACGUUGGAUUUUUAGUAUACUUCAAAAGAGAUGAUGGUAGACUGAAUAAUUAAUUUCCCUCCCAUCAUUUCAAGAUACCUACAUACCAAUUCCUGGAACCCGUCUAUAUGUAAUCUUACAUGUGAAAGAGGUUUUGCAGAUAUGAUUAAGCUGAAGGCUUUGAGAUGGGAGGAUUAUCCAAGUUGGCUCAAUGUAAUCAUGUUCCUCCUAAGAGGAAAAGAGAGGAAAGAGAGAGUCAGGUGACAAGGGGAGAUAUUUGAAUAUUCUACAUUGUUGGCUUUGAAGAUGGAGGAAGAGGCAAGGAGCCAAGGAAUUCAUGUGCCCUCUAGGAACUGAUAGAGAAGGCAAUGACAACCCACUCCCGUACUCUUGCCUGGAAAAUCCCAUGGACGGAGGAGCCUGGUAGGCUACAGUCCAUGGGGUCACGAAGAGUUGGACACGACUGAGAGACUUCACU